AUGUCUCCAUAUAGACUUGUCUUCGGUAAAGCCUGCCACUUGCCUGUAGAAUUAGAACACCGAGCUUAUUGGGCCAUUAAAAAGCUAAACUUUGACCUAUCUACUGAUGGUGAUAACCGUAGACUGCAACUUAAUGAGUUAGAAGAAAUUCAUAAUGAUGCUUACCAGAGUGCGAAAAUUUACAAGGAGAAAACAAAAAUAUUUCAUGAUAAAUCGAUUAUUAGAAAUACAUUUGAACCAGUUGAGGUUGAAAAUCUUAAGAACGGAGAAACUUUCAAAGUUAACGGUCAACGGUUGAAACCAUUCUUGGAGUUCCCUAGUCAUCCAAUAGAAGAAUCGGAGCUGAGAGAUCCCGUCUACCAGGAUUAA